GGGCCCCCCUGGACUUGCUGCGGCUGCUCCAGCUCCAUUCCCAACCCGAUGGGGUCCAGAUGGUGCCGGGAAUGUGCUCCCAGCGCGGCUCCGGCUCCGAUGUAUCGUAUCGGAUCACGCGCCCGGCACAGCUCAGCGCCCCCACGCGCCAGCUCUUCCCGGGGAAAUUCCCGGAGGAUUUCUCCAUCAUGGCGCUGGUGAGACCCAAACCCGGGCUCCAAACCUUCCUCUUGUCCAUCUACAACCAAGACGGGGUCCAGCAGCUGGGGCUGGAGCUCGGAGACUCCCCCGUCUUCCUCUAUGAGGACCAACACGGGCUCCCGCAUCCCGAGGAUUAUCCCAUCUUCCGUGGCCUCCGCCUGGCCGAUGGCAAGUGGCAUCACUUGGCCUGGAGCAUCCGGCGCCGCUCGGUCACGCUCGUUGUCGACUGUGGCCACCAGGAGACGCGGGUCCUGCCCCGGAGCUCCAGACCCACCAUUGACACCAAUGGGAUCACGGUGUUUGGGACACGUCUCCUGGAUGAGGAGGUUUUCCAGGGGGACAUCCAACAACUGCUCAUCUCCGAUGACCCACACGCGGCAUUCGACUACUGUGAGCUCCAUGGUCCCCGUUGUGCCACAGCCACCAGGGCCCCCCAAGGCCAGGAACCAGCCCGGCAGCGCCAGCAG